GGCUCAACCGCGCCGCGGUUCGUCAAAGCUAAGAAUCGCUAAGCGCCGUGCGCUAGACUAAAGUGACGGCGGACGGCGGACGGCCGAGUGUGGACGGAUGUGCGAUCACUGCGAUCAUUACGAUCCGCGGCGCGGCCGGCCAACCGCGAGACGCGAGCACCGAACAUCGAACACGAGCAGCAGCAGCAGCAGCGAGCGGCGAGAACGAGAACGAGAAGUGAAAAGUGGUAAUAGUGGUAUAUUGGAGAGUCUGCUCUGGUCUCGCUCGCCGUCGUCGGCCAUAGUGAAAAUGGCGGGUAUUAGCUUACGUGAAUGACGACGACCGUUCGCCUCCCGAGAGCUUAUAAUCGCACAGUCGCGGAGAGAUUUCGAGUGUACGGUGUGUGCUUUGCCGCAGUAUAUCAGCGAGGUAACUGUGUGUCAUAUGAUUUAUCUGGGGGGUAAAGAUGCAGAAUGUAGCACAAGGAACGACCUCGGAUAGCCAGAAAAGCCUCGAGAAGCCAGUCUUGCAGCCAGCAGCAGCAGCGGUAUUACCAUCACCACUACCAGCGAACGUUCACCACGACACUGGAAAAACGUCAUCGACUCCCCAGUCUUCGAAUUCGAGUCCCACGAAAUCGGAGACUGAGACCUUCUCCGAGCUGCAACCGCGUUUUAUGACAGAUUCGUCAGAGAGCGAGGAGGACAGCGUUUCCGAGGUGGAGUGCUUUGCGAUCGAUCAGGUUGAAUUGGACGAAGAUCAUCCCGAGUCGUCGAAAUUCUUACUGACACCUGAAGAUCCCGAACGUUCUGUGGAUCCUGAGACUCAAGCGCGUCUCGAAGCACUUCUCGAAGCGGCCGGCAUUGGGAAACUAUCAUCGGGUGAUGGAAAGCACUUGCCCGACCACGAGGUUCUCCGUCGCUUAACAUCGAGUGUUUCUUGUGCAUUGGAUGAAGCUGCGGCAGCAUUAACACGUAUGCGCAGUGACAACCCGCGUACACCGAACGAAAAGCGUUCUCUCGUCGAGGCGUGCACCGACGGAGACGUCGGUACCGUUCGGAAAUUAUUAACGGAGGGCCGAAGUGUCCACGAGACCACCGAGGAGGGAGAAAGUCUGCUCUCUCUCGCUUGCUCAGCUGGUUACUACGAACUUGCUCAGGUACUUUUGGCGAUGAAUGCUAAUGUAGAAGAUCGUGGCAUCAAGGGGGACUGCACCCCUUUGAUGGAAGCUGCUAGUGCAGGGCAUGUAGAUAUUGUAUCUUUACUGAUUGCCCAUGGAGCUGAUGUUAAUGCUCAGUCUACGUCAGGUAAUACACCCCUUAUGUAUGGAUGCGCCGGUGGACACGAAGAGGUUGUACGUGUCCUACUAAAUUCGGGAGCCAAUGUUGAGGAUCACAAUGAGAAUGGUCAUACACCUCUCAUGGAAGCGGCAAGCGCUGGGCAUGUUCCAGUCGCUAAGAUAUUGCUUGAACACGGAGCUGGCAUUAAUACUCAUUCCAAUGAAUUUAAAGAGUCUGCGUUAACGUUGGCCUGCUACAAGGGACAUUUAGAAAUGGUCCGUUUCUUGCUAGAAGCUGGUGCCGAUCAGGAGCAUAAAACCGACGAGAUGCAUACCGCCCUUAUGGAAGCAUCAAUGGACGGUCACGUGGAAGUUGCUCGUUUACUUUUAGAUUCAGGUGCCCAAGUAAAUAUGCCGACGGAUAGUUUUGAAUCGCCAUUAACAUUAGCUGCCUGCGGGGGUCACGUGGACCUGGCUAUGCUUCUGAUCGAACGUGGAGCAAAUAUCGAGGAAGUUAACGACGAGGGUUAUACUCCAUUGAUGGAAGCAGCGCGCGAGGGUCAUGAAGAGAUGGUUGCUUUACUUUUGAGCCAAGGUGCAAACAUCAAUGCUCAAACUGAGGAAACUCAGGAAACGGCGCUUACUUUGGCCUGUUGCGGUGGUUUCUUGGAAGUUGCCGAUUUUUUAAUCAAGGCGGGAGCGGAUAUCGAGCUGGGCGCAUCUACUCCUCUAAUGGAGGCUGCACAGGAAGGGCACUUGGAUCUUGUUCGAUAUUUAUUGGAAUCUGCGGCAGAUGUUCACGCUCAGACGCAAACAGGAGAUACAGCAUUGACAUACGCAUGCGAGAACGGUCACACUGACGUUGCUGAUCUUCUAUUGCAAUUUGGCGCUGAUCUAGAGCACGAAUCAGAAGGAGGUAGAACUCCACUGAUGAAGGCUUGUAGAGCGGGCCAUUUGUGCACAGUUCAAUUCCUCAUCUCGAAGCGCGCCGAUGUCAAUCGACAAACGACAAAUAAUGAUCACACACCACUUUCCUUGGCGUGUGCUGGUGGUCACCUUGCAGUGGUUGAGCUACUUCUUGCACAAUCUGCGAAUCCUUUUCAUAAAUUAAAAGAUAACUCUACUAUGCUGAUAGAAGCAGCAAAAGGGGGUCACACUCCUGUUGUUCAACUCUUAUUGGAUUAUCCUCAUAGUAUUAUGAUGAGUGCUCCUCAUAGUGCUGCACCUGCGCCCAUGCUAUUACCACAACAGCAACAACAGCAGCCACAACUGCAACAGCAGCAGCAGCAGCAAUCACAACAACAGCAACAACCACAACAUAUAAGUCAUCAACAACACGUACCUCACUCUCAACAAACAUCUACACAACCACAGCAGCAACAACAACAACAACAACAACAACAACAAGCUGCCGAGCAACAACAAGCGCAAAAUCUUCAACCCAAACAUAAUACGCAAAAAUCAUUGUUAAGAAAAAAUCGAUCAGUGACUAUGAUGCCCGAUAUGAGCCUUACUUCUGCCGAAGCGCAACAAGUUCGUUCACAGCCCGCAGGAGAAUCAACCACUACUAUUAAGGACGAUACCAAUAUUCUUGAUAAAGGCAGUGGGGGUUUUACAAGUUUGUCAGAACCUAAUAUUAGUCUUAGUCCGACGCCAGCAGCGUCAACGCAAGUGAUACAUGUCAGCGAAAGUCGGAAAGCUGUAACUAGGCAAGAGCAAAUCCUUCACAAGCAACAAAUACUUGAAGAACUGCAAAGGGUAGAACGAGAACUACAAAUUAAAGGAGCAGGACAUUUGUUUUCUGGUCCACGGAAUUCAAUUAUUAAUCAAUCUCAACAGCAGCAGCAAGAUCCUAGUGAGACAGACGCAUUAUUACCGGGCAUGUUGAAUAUUGACUUGCCAGCUCAGUCGACAUCUCCUCAUGGUUUAGUUUGCAAUACAACCGGUAUGUCUGGUGGUUCACUGACGUAUCCAGGGGUGCACACUAACGACGCAGCGUUGGUGUGCAGCGCUUAUCUUGAUGGUAAAAUAAUGGGGAUGCAAGCUGCACAAUUCCAGAAAACGCUUUCCGUGGUUCCAACCGCGACGGAAACGUUCCCCACAAAUACAUUUCCUUCCUCACCUCCCUUGUCUCUUGCGCCAUUACCUGUUACAACUACUACCACCGUAUCACUCAUUAGUGCUACUUCUUCAACAACUACGCCGAGUCCGCCGAGCAUUUCUACGCCUCCAACCGUUAUAGCCGUUUCUCAAUCGCCUAUUACUGCAAGCAGCGACGUCAGCCAAAAUACUGCUAUAAGCGAUCGUCCGAAAGCUAAACCCGUAUCAAAAAAGGAAGGAAAAAAUGUACGAAAAGCUACGUCUAGUAUGGGGAUGGCAAAAUUACAGCAGACACAAGCAACCAUAAUGGCUGGACUUCACCAACAAUAUCAACAGAAACAACGUCAGCAUCCUUCUUAUCAAGUGCAACAGCUACAGCAACUAAAUCAACAACUGCAACUUCAGUUGGAUCAAGUGCAGAUACAACAAUCGCAGCAGCCACAAUCGCAACCGCCACAACAAUCUCACCAACAAACUCAUUCACAGCAAACCAAUAUAGUUGCUAAUAGCACUGGUAGCAUACUUAUGCCCACUCAAUUGAUGUCGCACUUGCAUCCUACGCAUCAUCAUUUGCACAAUCAGCAAACGGCGCAAGAAAAUCUUCCUGAACAAACGGAUCCUGAAUUGACGCGAAAAUACAGAGAAAGCGCGUGCGCGUUUUUUACUGGCGCUCAGAAAUCUAAAACUUUCUCGCCUAACGAGAGAGUAUUGAAAUUAGAGGAUGGCACGGAUAUUCCUAUCGAUGAUGCGUUUGAAAUUUUUCGUUCCAUCAAUUUCGACGAUCCAGUUGACACAACAGAAGAUCAAGAGAAGCUUGAGUUAAAAAGAUUGGAUGUAUCGAAUAACAAGGAACAGCAACAACAGCAACAUUUGCAUACUACACAAAUAGUUCAGCAAAGUGGAAGUCCUCACGUAUCCCAAGAAUAUUUUACUCCUGUGCUAUCAGUACCUUCGGUUUCUUUACCGGCCUUACCGUCAUUGCAAGUGACCAGCGCUGGUGUUCAAAUAGAGGCAGACAUAUCAGCGGGUUUACAACUAACAAGUACGCAAUCCUUGCAAAAUCCAACGCUGAAGAAUCGUCUGAGGGCCUUCGAGGAAGGUUUCCGUCAAGGUAGCAUACAUUUUCGCGAAUGUAUGCAACAUAUUAGCAGCGAUACUUUCCAACCUCAAUUGUUGCUUCAGUCCUCUCAAAUAACAUUUCCUACACAAACAUUACCAGCUGUGAGUGGCGCACCGGGGAUAAUAGAUAGUAUACCUCCUCAUCAAUCAAGUAAUUAUGUGCAAUCCACAACUUGCAGCACUAAUCAAGUUCAAGUUGCUACCCAGACUCAAGCACCCGCUACUACAACAACUGCGAACGUUGCUACCUCCGAUAAGAAACAAGUGUAUACCGCACCAACAACCGGCAAGGGCAAGAAGGCCAGAUAUCCUCUCCUGUCUCAGCAACAGUCUUGCCAGCAACAACAAACUGCCAAUGCUCAACAAACUCCUAACUUUCCUGCGCAAAACUAUCAGCUAGAUCCAGCGACAGGUGUCCCAACGGUCGGUGGAUACGCGUCUAACCAAGUUCCACCCGCUCCGUUUUCGUGUAUAGAUGUUGAUUCAGAAACUGACAGCAAUCACGAUACUGCGCUGACUUUGGCUUGUGCGGGAGGGCAUGAAGAUCUUGUAGAACUUCUUCUGAGUCGCGGUGCAGAUAUAGAACAUAGAGACAAGAAAGGAUUUACGCCGCUUAUUUUGGCCGCAACAGCUGGUCAUCAAAAAGUAGUUGAAAUUCUACUCAAUCAUGGAGCUGACAUAGAAGCACAAUCUGAACGUACCAAGGACACACCACUGUCUCUCGCAUGCAGUGGUGGUAGAUACGAAGUAGUUGAGCUUCUACUCAACCGCGGCGCAAACAAAGAACAUCGCAACGUUUCUGAUUAUACUCCCUUGAGUUUGGCUGCAUCCGGUGGUUAUGUGAAUAUAAUAAAGCUUCUACUGAGCCAUGGUGCCGAAAUUAAUUCACGAACUGGUUCGAAAUUAGGCAUAUCUCCGCUAAUGUUAGCAGCUAUGAAUGGUCAUACCGCGGCAGUUAAAUUACUAUUGGAUAUGGGGAGUGAUAUUAACGCGCAAAUCGAGACGAACCGUAAUACAGCAUUGACACUCGCAUGCUUUCAAGGAAGACACGAGGUCGUUAGUCUUCUUCUCGAUCGAAAAGCCAAUGUUGAACAUCGAGCUAAAACGGGUUUAACACCAUUAAUGGAGGCCGCUAGUGGUGGAUACGUCGAAGUCGGGCGUGUGUUACUUACUAAAGGUGCAGACGUUAAUGCUACGCCUGUACCGUCAUCUCGUGAUACUGCUCUCACAAUUGCUGCUGAUAAAGGACACUGCCGUUUCGUAGAACUCUUAUUAUCGAGGGGAACUCAGGUCGAAGUAAAAAAUAAAAAAGGGAACAGUCCACUAUGGUUAGCUGCAAAUGGAGGGCACCUUAAUGUUGUGGAUUUGCUGUUUCAUGCAGGUGCCGAUAUUGAUUCACAAGAUAAUCGUAAGGUUUCCUGUCUAAUGGCCGCAUUCCGAAAAGGUCAUAUUAAAGUGGUCAAAUGGAUGGUGAAUCAUGUAACGCAAUUCCCAAGCGAUCAAGAAAUGACGAGAUACAUAGCUACAGUUAGCGAUAAGGAACUUUUGGAAAAAUGUCAUGAAUGUGUGAAAGUUAUAAGAGCUGCCAAAGAGACGCAGGCCGCUAAAGCAAAUAAGAAUGCAAGUAUAUUGUUGGAAGAACUCGAUAUGGAAAAAAAUAGAGAGGAAUCGAAGAAAGCGGCUGCUGCGCGUAGACGAGAGAGAAAGAAAAAAAAGAAGCUCGAGAAGAAGGAGGAGAAACGUAAACUUCAUGAAGAAUACAAGAAGAAUGAGACAGUUUUUGAGGAUAAGGAAGAAAGCGGAAAGAAAUCGGACGAAGAAUGCGAUCGAGCGGAUGACAGCGAGCAUGAGGGCGGCGACGAAAGAAUGGAGAGCGUGCCGUCUCCUGUAAACAGAAGCCCAGAAGAUCCCGAUAGAGAAGAGGGUGACAGUGGAAUAGAUGCAAACAGUCAGGGAAGCUGUAGUAGCAAUGAUGUAAAAGCGAGAGAGAAAAAGAAGGAAAAGAAGAAAAAGAAGAACAAUAGUCCUAAUAACAACGAUAAGGAUACGUCCCCACAGCGUUCGUCCAAGACCCUUCUUUCACAAAACACCAAUUUAUCUCAAAAUAUAGCGACAUCGACAAAAUCCCAAAAUAACACUUUGGAAAAGCGAAUUAUAAAUAACGUUACCAGCGCAAUAUCUGUAUCUACAACUUCGGUCACAACUACUAGAACAUCCACUACCGUCAGUUCCGAUCGAAAGCUGAAAGGACAAUUAGUUUUUGAGUCCUCCAGACAUCCCGCUGAUAGAGAAGAUUUUGAAGCAACUGGCAACGAGACUUAUAUUCCUGGCAAAGGAAAAAAGUCUUAUAAUAAUCAGUACGAUGGAGAUGUUCUAAACACAUCGACGAAAGCGAACAACACUAGCCCUAAACAAAGCGGAAAACGCGAAGAAGGAUGGAAGGAAGUUGUACGAAAGGGACAAUCGGAUGAUUCAGGCAGAUUUAUGAAUUCACCGUUCCGUUCUAAGAAAGUAUCCGUUCCCCCAAAUGCUAUCAGCCGAGUGAUAGGUAGGGGUGGCAGUAAUAUAAAUGCUAUUCGUGUUGCAACUGGUGCGCACAUCGAAGUAGAAAAGCAAAGUAAAUGCCAAGUGGAAAGAAUCAUUACGAUUAAGGGCUCAUCUGAAGCAACAAAACAAGCUCAUUCAUUGAUAUCAGUACUUAUUAAGGAUCCAGAUGUAGAUAUAUUACAGAUGCUUCCGAAAUCAAAACUCAAUGUCGUAACAACCUCUUCGUGGGACAAAUCUGUCUCCACUGUUGCUGCAAGUAAAACGAAAAUUGGUGGUUCUGUUAAUAAAUCAUCUAAUCUGGCAUCCAGUACAACCAGUAACCAAAUUAAUAAAUCAGGAUAUCCUUCAGGUGUGUCCACUACUAAUCCCUUGGUUCCUAUUCGCUCAUCAAGCAUGAAGCUUGCUGGUGCUUUUCCUACUUCUUUGCCACGUGCGACAGCGCCUAGACUUAUGGCCGCAGCGGAGAAACGUGCUCAAGGCGUAAUCCAAAUGGCGUCCUCAUCAAACACCAAGACGACAAUGUCGUAUACGAGUGCGAUUAUGACCGCCGGUAGAGCGGGGACAAAGAUUGUCACGACCAGCACGACGCAGACAUUCGCGGCGAAGCUAUCCGAGAUCACUGCCUCGACUCACAGUUCCACUACCGUCAUGCAGUCCAGUCACACCGCACCGGUAAAGCAACAGAAGCCCAUGGCGCAUGCUACGACCGUAACUAUCAUGUCGGCCACAUCUGCGGCAACUGCUCACACAACCAGCCAGCAACAACAGUCCAUAGUCAGUACAUCGCCGAAACACUGCCGAUCACUGCCCACCUUGACCGCCCCGUCGGCAAUAGCAUCUCACUAUUCCGGGAAGUCGAGUUACCCUCCAGGAACGAUUGCGAUUUCGUCGUCACCAGCCACAAACGCCGUGAUGACAACGAACUGUCCGGAAAAUUCAAUCGUCUCGACGUCUGCCAGUUCCGUUCGAGUGACACCUUCGCCACCGGUUGUAGCGCUGCAAACGCAGACAUUGCCACCACCACUACCAACGGCACAACAACAGCAGCAACAGCAACAACCGAUGCAACAACAACAAUCGCAACAAAAUAUUCGCAGCACUACGCCGAUUGUGACUCAAGAGCAUCAGCAGCAACAACAGCAGCAGCAGCAACCUAGCAGCACGCCUCUAGAGUAUUCUCUGUUUAACGAUACUUUUACUAAAGUCACGCAACAGUCAAUGUGGGGAGGAAGAGAAAAUGAAACUCAAAAAGGCAUGAAUUUUGCGACUGUUGCGGGCGGUGGUGUAUCGUCAAACACGAACUCCGGCCCAUCUGCGGCUAAGUUUGAUAGUUCUCCACCGCAGGUAGAUGCGUCCAAAGCUCCGGGAUACCGUGGUACUGCAAUGUGUUCUCCGGUAUCCAGCAAGCCGGGUAACACAAGCAAUACUUCGACCAACGUGAUUGGCAGCGUGGUAUCAUGUUCCGUGCACAACAAUCCUAUGCAGCCCGCGCAAUUUCAGUCUUCGACGAGCUACAGCGAGCAUCCAUUACCGAACAAGCCGCCCGGUAGUCUAGCGGUGGCUAGACCAGUAAUACCCCAACAGAACAUUGAUAUGGGAACGGGCAUGGCAGCACAGUUCAAUAGACCAGCGGUUUUUCAGGGUGAUCUAACAACACGGAACGCGACGACCCAUCAACCGGCAGCACACGUGAUACCAUCUACAUCACAGCCGACACUGGACGUCAGUCUGUUCAAGGCGGCGAACAGCAGCAGCGGCAAUUAUGAGCAUCCGAACGUCAACUCUAGCCUGUUAAAAAUGAUGCCGAACGAUAGUCAGAGUAGCGCCGGUCAUUCUCUGCUACCGUUUCAUCCUCACAUGCAGAGUUUCGCUCAGACUAUUGCGCCAUCCGCCUCCGUGAUUAACACCACCGUUAGUAUGUCAAGAUUGAAUCCGCGCGCCCCUGACUUCUCCAGUUCGCUUCACCUGAGCAAUAAGCCACAAGUGACGAUGUUCAAUGCUGCCGCCGGAUCAGCAGGAUUGCACCCGGCCAACAUGUUUGCCGCAACCGUGCCGGCGCCACCGCCGUCCGCCAUACAAUCCAAUAAUCUGGCGAUGCUCGGCAACUAUCAGUUGGGAAAAUAUCAAGCGCCCUCGCGGGCAACGCCAGCAGCGAACACUGGCAUCUCCACGACCGCUCAGACGACCCGCUGGCCGUUUGCCACACCGGCACCACAUACUAGCUACCCGCCACACCAGGAUCCCAUGAUAAGCCAGAUGGGAUUCUCUAAUCAACUUACCAACAUUGGCGGUCAACCCGGCGGUGGUGGCAUCGAUCUGAUUACGACUCUGGAGAACGGUGGUUCGCCGGCCAUAUCUCCCUCGUCGCCGGCGCAAGUCGUUCAGGAAAUGAACCAACUCAAAAUCGAAGAUCGCAAAGUACCACGACCGAUCGGUACUGAAAGAGCAACGUGGAAGAAUUACUCGGCAGCUGGCAUGGGUCCGGGCGGGGACGCCGAUUCCAUCAGUUGGAUGCUCAAUGAGAAACUAGCAUGGUCGAAUUGCAACCUGGCGCCUGGUAUCGACAGGCACCAGAUGUUUCGAUCGAAUCCCACUUAUAAUCAACGUAUAUCCAAUGUCGAACCUGAGCUUCAUCAAAUGAUGGAAUCUUCCUUCCAGGGCCAUGUGAAUACACAACAGCCUUUUCCGACUAAUAACGGAAAUACGACAAUGUCACUCAUACCAGCAUUGGCGUUAUUGCCGGGACAAUUUGACCUGGCAGAACUCCCGCCGGGCGAGCAGAAUAAGAUAGAUCCACCUGCGUGGGGAAUGCCCGAUGCUGUACAAGACAAGCAACAUCCGGCAUGGACUAAAUGGACUCAUUAAAAAACACAAGAACUGAUUGUGCUAACACAGCUUCAACCUCUAAAUCUUAACAUAUUUUCAUAUUUUGGAUCUGACGAUGAGAAACGAAGAGAUAGUAAUAGCGAUAGUCUGAAUUGGAUCAAUUAUUUGUAGGCACAUAAAUUAUAUUACAAUCUUAUUAUAUUCAUUCAAACCCAGAUUCUCUCUUAAUAUUGCUUGUCACACUAGAGGAUAAGACGAUAAAUCCUUAAUUAUUCAAUUUAUUGCUAAUAUAUUUCCCGAGUUAAUUACAGAAGCAAUUAUAAGCAAUAUCCACAAGAGUAAAAGAAAAAGAAAAGAGAGUCUGUGUCGAUUAAGGAAAACAACAGUAGGAUAAUAACAAUGUAAUUAAUUAUAAUUACCUCAGAUCUGUGUUAUGCUUUUCAUAGUCGUACAACAUGUUCCGUUAUUAAUCGUUGAUCAGCAGAAACGUUGUUAUUCCUCAAUAAUUGAAUGUUAAUAAUGAUGAUUUAUUUUCUAUUGUCGAAAGAAUCUGAAUUUGUGAUAUUCGGAAAUAAUUCGGAUUGCGAUAUUUUGAAACAUAUUUGUCAAAUCCUUUAAAAAUAUCAUAUAAUAUAUAAAAUGAUCUAGAUACACAUAAAACAAUAUGUACACAUAAAAUUUACAUUUUGCAUCGCCACUUUAGUCUCUAGUAGCGUUAACUGACGUUUAAAAUUUUACUAGAUAUAUAAAUACUAGAUAUAUAAAUCCACAUUAUUAUGAGACAGACUCGUAAUAGCGAAGCGUAUUCGCCAGAUCACAAUGAUUCAGUUAUAUAUAUUUUUCAUAACAUGUUUUAAAUCGCUACUUCAGUCUGUACAAUGCAACGAUGGAACAUUUGACACAGAUCGUAUCACAAGUGGAUACGAAUUAUUAUAUCCAAGACAAAGCUCUUUCUUCGAAUUACGAUUAAUUUAAAAUUUCGUUUGCUUGCGUUGAGGACAGCUGUGUUUCUAGCACCACCAUAUCGAACGAUAGGUGAUGAAAAUUACGUGUUACUAUUUAGAGCGCUGUAAAGAAACGCUGUAAUUUUACGAACAUGUUACAAUCGUGUAAAUAAUUGCUUUGCAAAACGAGAGAUUCCGAUUACUUCCAUGUUGCAAAUUGAGAGUGAAGAAUUGAGACUGAAGAAGACAGUCCGAAUAAAAGAUACGAAGAAAGUCUUGGGAACCAUAUUGGCUUCGAACCUGGGUACAUAUUGCUCUUCUUCCACUUUUGCACUUACGCUUGAAUUCAUUAUUGUAACUCUGUCAAUUUUGACUGUUGCUUCUAAACUGUGCUCCUCCAGAACAGAUAGGUAGUAAUUAGAGAAAAACAAAGAGAGGAGCGUUCCUUAGCACUGUAGACUCUCGCGAUCGUCGAUUACAUCUUAAUCGCCCCCUUGAAGAGCACUUUCACUUUAUUUCCACCUAGACGAACGUUUAUAUAGUUUUUCAUUGACAAGUUACGUUAGUGUUACUUGAUCAUUUACUUGAUCGAAGAUACGAACAAAAUGAAAACGAUGAGCGACACAAUUCCAACCGAUUACUUAAAGGGUGAUUAAAUAAAGGAGGUUUCAUUGGCCACACAACCGUUCCGGUAUAAUACAUUUUCAUCUUUGCAUUUUGUUUCGUAGAUGAAGUUCUUUAUCGAAUAAUUAAUGAGCAUCGCGUAAUAUGAAUCGCGUACUGUUUCAAGCAGAUUCAUCAGAUACAGAUUAUCACGAGCGAAUUUUUAUCAAGCUCACACAGCACGCAGAACGUGAAAAUUCUAUAUGUACCCCAUACACGCGUAAACGUCGCGACCAGGUUCUCGGGAAAAUCGAAUUUAUCGUAAACGUUACAAGAGAUAUGUCACGAAUCGAAUACGCAAUGUACUAAUAAUAUAUUAUAUAUACCGAAUCCUAUUCAGAUCAAUGAA